AUGGGUGCACAAAGCAAGCUGCUUGAUCCGCUGCGCAUUUCGUGCCAGGAGUUUCAGCAUCCCUGGACGGACAAAUGUGUAAAUGCCACAGCUGGCAUAUUGCUUUCGGCCACGCCAUACUGUCUACGUGUCUACACCAUAGUGUAUGCAUUCUCGCUGCUAAUGCGACAUCGUGUACCAACGCUGCAGGAUCUGCGACGCACUCUUCUGGGCAUUCUUCAAUCGACCGCAUUUCUGGUGACGAAUGCCUACACUUUCAUCCUGUACAAUUGUCUGUUGCGCAAUCUGUUGGGACGCUACUACUUCAGCACCGUUGCGUUCGUGCCCUCUUUUUUCUCGUCGCUCACGGCCAUUUUGGUCGAGCGUCCGGCGCGUCGUCCACUGCUGACACUCUAUGUUGCCAACGUGGCCACUGAAGCACUCUGGAAAAUGGCCGAGGCACGCAACUGGGUGCAUCCCAUUCCCCAUGGACAAACAUUGAUAUUUGCGUGCAGCAUGUCCGCACUGCUGUAUCUGUAUCGCUUGAGCGCCACCGAUGACUCCAUCUUCAACAUUUUGCGCAUUUUUGUGGGCAAGGAUGAGGCCGGUCCGAUUGUCAAGAUUGAGCACAUGCUACCCGGUGAGCAGCCAGCUCCUUCGCGGCUGCGACCCACAGUUAAUUUUACCACCGCCGCCGAUUGGGUGCGCAUUUACACCAAUCUAAUCCGCGGCAGAAAUGACAGCUGCCGCCACAAGUCCAGCUGUAUCAGUAAUGCCAUUGUUGGUGGCUUGCGUCCCUUUGCCGGCGGCGUCGCUCUGCAAGUGGCUCUCAAACUGGUGAUGAAUAUAAAGAGCGUGUUUCAAGGCAAGAUGCUGUGGCGCAAGCAAAUCUUCAAUAGAAACACCCUGCAACUGGGCGUUUUCAUGGGCAGUUUCUCGUUUCUAUUUAAGUCCAUGUCCUGUUUACUGCGCCACUGUUUCGAUCGAGAUGAGGCUCUCUUUGCCAUACCCGCAGGUCUGGUGGCCUCACUCGCCUUUACCCAGUACCCCGACAAUACCGUCGCCUUGUACGUUAUGUGGAAGGCUAUACAAAUACUCAGCGGCAUUGGUCAGGAACGGGGUAUUCUGCCACGUAUACCCAACUUUAUGAUGUAUAUGUAUGCAUUUUUCACAGCGGUGCUCUUCCAUACCGGCAUUGUGGAGGCGCAGUCAUUGCGACCCAAUUACUACAAAUUUCUGCAGGCCAUAUCGGGCGAGAGACUCAACAAGUUCAAUUUGAGCGCCUUUGAUGUCUUCGGUUUAAAUACACAGCAGCAGACGAACGAAAUGCUCAAAAGCCUGAAAAUCAUCGACAAGCUGUCGCUGCCAGCAUUCUCAUUUGCCUCCUGAGCGAGCACACGAUUGAAGUCGAACUGAAACGUGCCAGCAAAUGUGUUACCAUAAUAAGUCUCAGCACUUAAAGUGCGCAUAUAUUCCGCGUUCGAUACGCCUCUCAUCAUCAUAACCGAAUUAUAUUUAGUAUAUAGGUACUGUAUAUAUAUAUAACUAUGUAAAGCACUCAAUUGUGUUAAGUGGCCUCGGUGUAUAUUUAGGUAGUAUGAGUGUUUAUGACAAAUAAUUGACUUUUUUUUCUACCAGUUUCUUAAUAAAACAAAUAUCAACAAAACUA